AUGAUUUUAAUAGGUGCUUUUUUAACAAUCGAAAUAUUAGCGCAAUCAUUUGAAACUAUUGAAAUGGAUCCUCUAAACCAAUAGAUGAAAAAAAUUAUUCGAUUAGAAUUCCUAAACUAUCCCAUAAACUUUGGUUUUACAUAUGGAAUAUGGUCCAAGUAUAAUCCACUUGGAAAAAUAAGUUAAAUAGGAUCUUAUGGACUAUUUGAUGAAUAUUGCUUUCAUUUACACAAUGCAAUAGAAGAAGAAUCAUAAAGUUUAAAUUUUAUUUAUUAUGAUUGUCUUGAUAAACAAUAAAAAACUAUAAAAAAGACAAUCUAAUUUAUAAAUGAUAAGAAUGAACAACUAAUAUUUUAAAUAGAUAUCAAUUCUAAUUAGUAUGAAAAUAUUUGGUAUUUUAUGCAAGUAAUUCAAUGGCCCCAAUUAGAUAGAUUUGAAUUAUUAAUAAAUAAAUAAUAAGAUGAAGAAAUUCACAAAAUAGUUUAAAUGAAAAGGCCAUAUAGUGACAAAAAUUAGAUUUUAACAUUUGGAAGUAACUUAAUUGUAAGUAGUUCAAAAAUUUUAAAUAUUAAAAGUGGAGAUAUAUUUUCAUAUUUUCCAGGUCCAAUACGAUUAUAAGAAUAUAUUGAAGAGAUUUUAUCUCCUUUGCUUAAUUUUUAAGAUAUAGCACAAACAAGUUAUGAAUCUUUAAAAACUUGUGUUUGCUAGCCCAAUUAAAAAUUUUAAAUUGAUGAUUAAGAAUUUUCAGAUUUAUAAUUUAGUUAAUAUAUAUCGUAAAAUUUGAAUUGUGAUUUUUUCAUUCUAUUUGGAUGGAUUUAAAUAAAGAAAAUACCAAUAGAAUCCUAAGAUUUUAUCUAUUAAUUCAUUAAAAUCAGUGCAAACUCAGAGUAAUUAAUGUUGGAAGAUUAAAAUCUAUCACCUUUUCAGCUAUUUUAUUAUAUCUUAGAAAAAGAAAAUUACAUAAAAAUAACAACCUACAGUUACUAAUUUCCAGAUGUAUCAUUUGACUUUGUAAAAAACCCAUUUCUUAUAGAAGAUGAAAUAAAAUUUAGUAAUGAGAUCACUUCAUGGCAUUAAAUAAAAGUGGAAUUAUAAUUUGAUCAAUUAAGAAUUGAUGUAAAAUUUUAUGAGAACUAAAUUUUAGAUCAUUUUACAAAAAUAUAUGAUGUUAAAUAGUUUCAUAAUUAUUAAUUGAAAGUUUAGUUUGGAAACUUCUUAUAGUAAUCUAAGAAUUAAUUAAAUAUUGUCAUUAAGAAUUUUUAAUUUUAUAAUUGCUAUUAAUAAUCAGAGUAUUAAGAAUGUCAUUAUAGUUGUCUAACUUGUGAUGGUCCAUCUGAUGAAAACUGUUUAGCUUGCUCAGAAUCUUCUAAGAGAAUCUAUUUAAAUUAAUAUAAAGUCUGCAUCUGUCCAUACCAUACAAUUGAUUUAAAUGGAAAAUGUUAAAAUUAUGAAGAUUCAAGUUUAAUACUUUAAAAAAGUAAUAAAAUAUCUAAGUAAAAAUGUUAAUAAGGAUAUUUUGAGUAUGAUGAUGAAUGUUAUUUAUGGUAAAACUUGAAAUAAUUUUUAGUCCAUCAAUUGUCAAAUAAAAUUUGAUUACAUGUUUUGAAUGCUAUAAUAAUCCAUCAAAUUGGUAGUUUUAAUAAAUUUGUUACACAAUUCUCCAUUUGUAAGAAUUGGGAAACAUAAAUGAUUCAAUGAUCCCUUAAGAAACAUAAAUAUUUUAUUUUGAUGGGGCAUACCUUAAUUUAAAGCAUGAUAGCGAUGAAUUUUAAUUUGAAAUAUAUUAAGAGCUUAUAUUAGUUUCUACUGCAUUUAAGCAAUUUUGUCAACAAUCAGAUUUAUUGAGUGAGGACUUAUUUAUGUGCUACCCAUGUAUAUUGAAUUAUUGUUUAACUUGUUUCAUUAGUAUAACUAAUAUAGAGUGUCUAUAGUGUGAUGAUGAUUAUAUUCUUAUAAAUGGACAUUGUAAAUUAAAGGAACUUUAGUAAAUUGAUCGAAUUUGUAUUCCUCCGGAUUAUUUAACUUAUUCAUUUUAAUGCAAAUAAUGCACAAUCAAGCACUGUUUAUUAUGUUUUGAAUAUUAAAGCUAUAAUUAAGAUUCUUGUUCUUUAUAUCCUGAAUAUAUAAUAACUGAGAAUAAUUUGGAUAAUAUAAAAAUCGGUUGUGCACUUUGCAAAGAUAAUUACAUUUUUGAUUUUACAAUUAAUUUAUGCUUACUUUAAAAAUCUUAAUUAAAAAGUUGUUAACGUUCAUUUAUCGAUUUGGAUGGUCAAGAAAGAUGUACAUUAGCAACAAACGAUGAUUUUUUUAUUUCUCCUGAAAUAAUUUAUUGUUAAAAGUACAUUUAAAAUUGUUAACAAUGUUCGUUUAAUAUUAAUAGUAUUAUUUAAUGUAUUAUUUGUCAAAAUGGAUAUAUUGUAGAAAAUAAUUAGUGUCUUCCUAAUGAAGAAGAGCUUUAACUUCCAUAAUAUCUUAUUUAAAAAUGGAAAAGCAAAAUUCAAAGUUUUAUGCUCUAAUUUAUUUCCACUUUAAAUAUCGAUGCUUAUUAAAAAUAAAUUCUUCCAUCAGAAAUUGUAAAUGAACAUUGUAGUUCAGAUUGUUUAGUCUGUGGAUAAAUUUACUGCAAAAAAUGUAGCUUAAAUUAUUACAAACAAUCAAUCAAGGUUGAAAAUUAUAAUAAUUGUGAUGAUUGUCCCCAGCUUUGUUAAGUUUGUAUUUCUCGUACAGAAAAAGAAAUUAAAGUAUUGAUUUUAAUAUAUUAAGUCUUAUUCAACGAAAUUUUUGGUUACAGGCGAAAAUCUACUAUAUACUAAAAAAUGUAUUAAACCUUAUUUUGAUCCUGCGAUUUAUUUCGAUCCAUAUAAUUAAGUAGCUAGGCAUUGCUUAAAUAGAGAUUGUGAUGAUUCUUUAAUAUACAGAUUUUCGUAUUAAAAUUGUAAUUUCGCACGAUUUUAACGCAACUAUGAAAAAUAAAUAAAUACGAAGUAUUGUAAUUCAAUUGGAAUUUAAUCAAUUGAAUUUUAAUUUCAGUUUGAUUUAGAAUAAUAUGAAUGCCAUCUACUUUUUCCUUUAACUUUUUAAACAAAACUCAAAGAAUAAAUUUUCACUUUAUAACAUACUCAUUUUAAAAUAUUUUCAUCAAAAUAGUUUUUUAUACAUCCUAAAUAUAUAACCUAAUUUAUUAAUUUUGAUGAAGUUGAAAUCGAAAAUUUAAACUUUAUUAUUCAGAACAAUCUUAAUUUCAUUUUAGACAAUGAUUUGAAUCUAAUUAAUUUAACAUUAUCUAAUGUUAAAAUUUCUUAAAGUGAAUUAUAUAAUGUAAAUUCUUUAUUUGAAACCCAAAACUAUAAUUUUAUUAAUUUGAAGAAUUUAACAAUAUCUAACUCCAUAUUUUAAAAUUCUUCAAUUCUUAAACUCUUGAAUUAAGACUUAAAUGGAAUAAUUACUUUUAGUGGAUUAUAUAUCUAAAACUGUACAUUUAAAGAUUCAACUUUAUUUCAUAUUUCUAAAUUACAAAAUAACUUAUUUCUCUAAAAUAUUUAAAUCGAAAAUAGUACACUAGAAAAUUCUUCAAUUUUUUAUUUUGCUACUUAGAAAUUAGAGCUUAAUUUAAUUGAUAUAAACCAAUUAUCAAUUUAAAGUAAUUAAUUUAAAGAUUCUAAUUUAAUCUAUUCCACCAAUCUUGUAGAAUUAAGAAUAAAAGAUUUCUAAUUUUAAUUUAAUAAUCUAAGCAACUCAAAAAUCAUAGAGCUUAAUUUUAAAAUAACAUUAUUUAAAAUUCUCAUUGAAAAAAAUUCGUUUGAAUCUUCCUAGUUUGUCAUCAUUAUUCAGAAAUAGUUUAAGUAAACUAUCCCAUGUUUAAUAUAAAACCUUAAAGUGAUUGCAAAUUUAUACUAAACUUCAAACUUAUUUCUGAUUUUUUCUACUUAUUCAACCAACAAUCUUGUUGUUCAUUUUUUAGACACAUAAAUUUUUCAAAAUUAUCAACUAUCUAAUAAAGAUGAGUUUGAAUAUUUAUUUUGGAUAAACUGUGAUUCAUUAUUUUUGAAAUCCAUGACUGUAACUAACAAUGAUAACUAAUUGAUUUUAUUUUUAUCAGAAAACCAAAAUAUUUCAAUUGAAAAUCUUUUUUAUUCAGGCUUCCCAAAUAAUUUUAAGAUACCAUUAUCAUUAAAUAAUUUAUAAAUGAAAAAAAAAAAUAAACUAUUCACUAUUCAAGGUAUAAAAGUAAUAUCAAUUAUUAAUUUAAUUAUAGAAAAUUAGAUUAACUUUGAAGAAUUUAUAAUUGAGAUCACUUAAAGCUCUUAAAUUAAAACAAAUUAAAUUUGCCAAUUAAAUAUAUAAAAUGUUAAGAUUUAAGGAAAUAUUUUGCUAUUAUUACCUUAAAUUCAUAGAUUAUCCGUAAUAAGUAUAGAAUCAGAGGUAUAAAUGUUUCUUUUAUUGUAAAAUAUUUCUUAUAGCAACAAUAUGUUUCAUUCUUACGCAAAUAAUGUAUUAAGAUCUUCAGCAAGUCUAUUAUAUAUUUCUUUAUCAUCAGGCUCAGUAGAAAUUAAAGAUUUCAUUUGCUAUCAAAAUGCUUUAACUAAUUCUUCAAAUACUUUUGUAAUUAUAAAUUCUGAAAAAUUACAAUUAUCUAAUUACACUAUUCGAAAUUUAAAUUAUCUAACAAAGGAAUAAUGGUACCAAUAUUAUGACCUUGAAUUGAUUGACCAUCUUAAUUAAGAGAAAUUGAAUUAAUUCAUUUUUUCUGUUUUAAAAAUCAACAAUAUCGGAGGAGCAGGUAAAGUAUAAGCUUCAUCAUUUUUGUGUAUUGAUUGUUAAAUUGAACGAAUACUGGCUAAAGAAGGUUUUGCAUUUGAUAUUACAACCACAGGAGAAGGCCAUAUCAGUUUAUUGAACUUAAUAGUUAAUGAAGCUGAAAAUGAUUUUGGAACGAGAGAAAAAUAUUAAGGAUGCAUUAAUGUAUACUCAACUAACAGUAAAUUAAAUAUGACCAUAAAAAAUGCAAAGUUCUAUAAUAUAAAUAAUAGAAUGGCUUCUUCAAUAUUUACUGUUGUUCCUUCAAAAGUUUAGAAUUAUUUAUUUAUACAAAAUGUUAAAUUUGAAAAUUGUUUUUCUUUAUUUAAUCAAAUAAUGAACAUUUAGUUUUCUUAAUUAAUAUUUGAUUAAAAUUUUGUUUUCCUAAGAAAUAUUAGAAUCAUUUAAAAUUUAUAAAGUUGGACCUCUUAUUUUUCAAAGAUAUAGAAUUUAUAGAUUUCAGAGUUAAAUGAAAUUGUGUCAAAUGACAAUGCAUUAAUUUCGAUAAGUAGUUGCAGUGUAUAGAUUAAAGAUUUAAUAAUUUAGGGGGUCUACAUGUCACCUAUUUUGAGAUUUAAAAAUGUUCCGUAACUUUCAGUAGAAUUAUUAAGUAUUGAUAAUAUUCAAAUAUUUUACUAAUUUACACUAAUCCAUAUAAUUUAAGCUGUGAAAAUAAAAUCAAAAAUAAAAUUUUAAUAAAUAAAUAUCUAAAAUGUGUCCUUAUAUGAGACUUUGGGAUCUGGAUCUUAAUAAGAUUUUCUGAAUGAAAAUGCUUAUUAACUGUAAUAAAGCAAUUUUGAAGUAGUUUCUUUUUUCAAUAUUCAAAGCUUUUCAAACUUAAAUUCACUCUACUUUGAUUAAAUUCAAUUAAUAAAUAAUAAUUGUAAACAUUGUAUUAAUGGUUUGAUGUUUUUUGAGGUCGAAGAAUUUUAAUAAAUAAGAUUUUCAAAUAUCAAUUGUUUAUAGAACUAAAUAAAGAAAUUUGGUUGCUUAUAUUUUACAAGAAAAAAGCUUGAUUAAGCUAAAAUAAUUGUUUAAAAUUCAAAUUUUUUAUUUAAUAAAGGAACUUAAGGUGUUGCUAUUAUGUGUUUUAAUAUUUAUUUAAAAAUUGCAUCGAAUAAAAUAAUAUAGAAUUCUGCAAGUGAAUUUGGAGGUGGUAUUUAUUAUGUUAUCAACUCAAGUAAUUUUAUUUUAAAAUAAUCAAUAAUUUUAUUAAAUAAUGCCAAAGGAGGUGGAGGAAUUUAUUUGCAAGGAGAUUGCUUUUUAAACAAAAAUAAUUUUAUUAAUACUUAAUUAUUAUUUAAUAAAGCAAUAGAAUCAGGUAAUAAUCUAAUAGAGAAUCCAUCUCAUUUAGCUUUAUAUAUUAAUUAAUUAGAGAUUCCUUCCACUUCUUUAAAAAUAAAUGGAAUUUAGACCAAUAAUAUAAAAUUGAAAUCAUUUAAAAUAAUUGAACAAGGAAUGGCUCGACAAUCAGAAAAUCUGAUAAUCCCAAGCAAUUAAAUAAUCGAGGAUUUCAAAAUAUUCGAUACAAAAUAAUUAGAAUAUAAAUUAUUUAUUAAAAAUAUCUCGUUGAAUUACAAAAAUAGUCUAAAUGAAUAACUAAAUUAUAUUUAAAAUUCAACUUGCUAACUUAAUUAAUCAAUUAUAACUAGAAAUCAAACUUAUAUUAAAGAUUUAUAAAAUAGUUAAGUUUAUACACUUGAUAAUGGAAGAUAUUAUUUGGAUUUAUCAUCAUUAUCAUUCACUUUAGAUCCAUUUGAAUAAAAUUAUGAAUAUUUAUAAAUAGCAAUUUUAUGCAAAUUUAACUCUUAAGGUAAUGGUUUGAUGUAUAAAAUAAACGUAAAAAGCUUAAAAUGUUAGUUAGGUGAAUUUUAUGUGAAUGAAGGAUGCCAAAUUUGCUAAUCAGAUUAAGGUUUUUAUUCUGUCACUUACAAUUCUACCAAAUGUUCAAUUUUCGAUAAGAUGAAAUUUGCAUAAAUAACCUCUAAUAUGAUAGAAUUAUUACCUGGAUAUUGGAGACCUCAUUAUUUAUCAGACUUCACAGAAAAAUGUUUUAGGAACACAGCUUUUUGUAAAGGAGGAUGGGUUGUUGGAAAUGAAAUUUGUAUUAAUGGACAUAUUGGUGCAUUAUGUGAAGAAUGUGAUAUUUAUGAUGUUAGAGGUUUUGGAUAUUUUUUUAAAAAUUAAUCAGAUUAAUAAUGUUUAAAAUGUACAGGCUUUUGGAUUAGUAUAUUCUCUCUUUUACUUGUGAUAAUUUGGUAAUAAAAUACAUAAAUUUUAGGACUUUUAUAUCUAUUGUUUUAUCUUUAAGAAGUAUUAAUCGAUCGAAUAAAUUAUAUACUCAACUUAAAGUAGUUAAAAGGUUUAAUCAAAUAUUAUUUAAAUUAAACUAAGGUAAAUUAUAUUAAAAUUUAUUUUAGAUCAUGAGAGCAUAUUAAUUAAAAUGAUGAUAAAUUAUUUGUGGACUUUUUCAGUGAUACUUACAUUUAAUAUCAACUUUUCUUUAUCCUUUUAAUUUAUUGAAUAGACUAGUAAUAGUUCGUAUUCAUUAGCAAGUGGUUUAGAUUGUCAAUUAUCAAAUAUUAGUAAAAUUCCUUUACUUUAUCUUAAACUAAUUACAUUGAUCACAUUUAUCAUUUCCUAAUUUAACGUCGUCUUUAUGAUAUCUUUUAUUUAUUCUAUCAGAGCUAGAAAUAAAUUUGAUUUAAGCAUAAUCUCCAAUACCCUACUUUAUUUAUAUAUUGUAAAUUAUGCUGGCUUAAUUAAAAUGUAUAUUAAAUAAUUAUUUUUAGGUUAUCUUCAGUUCUUUCAAUUCGUAUGAUAUCUAAUAUCAAUUAUAUUUAAGGGGAUGUUACUUAAAUUUUUUGGAAUCAAGAUCAUUAAACUUGGAUCUAUUAUUUUGUUUUACCAGGAUUAACAAUUUUUGGUCUCAUUAUACCUGUUUUUAUUUUCAUCUUCUUAAUUGUGAAUAAAAAUAAUUUAUAAGAAAUUAAACUUAGAAAACAUAUAUGCUAUAUUCUAAAUGAAUAUCAUACCAAAAGCUACUUUUGGGAAUAAAUUAAAUAAUUUAAGAAAGCUUUAAUAAUUUUCAUUAUAACCUAUUUUGAAACAUAAAUCUUACUUAAAGCAUCCUUAUUAGGUUUAUGCUUUUUAUUUUAUUAAUUAUUAUCAGCCUAUCAAAAACCUUUUAUAAUUCAAAAAUUUAAUUCUUUGGAUUUAUAAGCUGGAUAAAUUUGUUCAAUUACUAUUUUUUUAGCUGCAAUUCAGUAUAUCUGUGAACAAUAAUAAAUAGAAUAUGUUUAGAUUAUAAUUUAAACCUCAAUUAUUGGAUUCUUUAUAAGACUCGGCUUUCUUUUUCUAAAAAAUCUUUUUAGAAUAUAUCAUAAAAAAUAUACAAAACCUAUACUAACCAGUUUACACAACUUAUUUAAAUUUUUUAGCAAUAAUUGUAAGUUAACAAUUUAUUUUAAUACACUAUUAAAUUAACAAAAACAUAAAGAAUAACGGCUUGAAAAUUAUUUUCUAAAAUUAAGAGAUUAUCUCAUGUUUUCAACUAAGAGCUAAUAAAGAAAUUCUAAGUAUUUAUAAGAUCUAUUAUCUUAUAUAGAUUAUCAAUUACAAUCACUAGCCCAGGUAGAAUUUACCCUGUUAAAUCUACUAAGUCUGAUUUAGAAAAAAAAUAUCUUUUUGAAAACUGA